GUACAUCUUCAUGUUCCAAACACCAACAAUUCCCGAAUUAGUAGUUCAAAGUCGCGAUUUUCAUAUGUUCGAUCUGAGUUUUCGUGGUAAAAAAGCAGGAAUUCGAAAUCAAGAGAAUUUCACCGACGAAGAUCUGGAAGCUUGGAAGCAUGUAUUUAGUCAGAAAGGUAAGAAGUUGGGAAUUACCAUUUUCCCGAGUUAUAACAUAAUCUUAUGUUUAGAUGCUCUUACUGGCCCUAUAAACUAUUACCGCAAUAUCCGAAAACGAACCCCAAGAAAGCCAGGGCAAGACAUUUGCAAACCUCCCACCCUUAUCAUCUGGGGAGAUCAGGACCAAUUUCUCAUCAAGGAAGGAGCUACUCUAAGCUUAGAGUUUUGCCGUAAUGGUCAAUUGAAAUUCAUCGAAGGCGCCUCACAUUGGGUUAUGCAAGAUGAACCCGAGAAAGUCAACGAGUAUGUGGAAGAAUUCUUCAACUCUAGUAAACAGACUAGCGACUUCUCAACUUCUAAGAUCUGACU